UGAGAAUCUCAAUUUCGUUUUCUUGGUAGACGGUCAAGGCCCGCCUGUCUUGGUGCAGCUGUCUGUGAAUAAGCCAGAAAAGAAGAAUUAAAUUCCUUAAAUCGUCAAAAAUGGUACAGCAUCUGAGAAGACUUCGACCAAAACAAUGUUGCCAGUUUUUCAAAAACUACUCCUCAGAGUCUGUUGCUAAUGCUGAGACGAAGUCUAUUCCAUCCCCCAAACAGUGGUCAGCAGCAUUGCACAGGUUAUCAGUCAUGCAGCAGUCCCGUUUUGGAAAACAGCUGCACAAGUAUGUGGAUAAAUUGCAUGACAAGUAUGGGCCUAUCUUUCGAGAAUCUUUGGGUCCUGUUACAGCAGUUUUCAUCUCUGACCCUCAUGAAAUGAGACGUGUAUUUGCACAUGAAGGAAGGUACCCGAUACAUGUUUUGCCAGAGGCAUGGCUUCAUUAUAAUAAAAUUCAUAAGACUGAAAGGGGUCUUUACUUCAUGAACGGAGAGGAAUGGAUGCUUUAUAGAAAACUUCUCAAUCCUCUCCUUCUGAAAAACUAUGAUGGACAGCAUAUACUAGACAAUUGUGAGCUCAUGGUUAAUCGGUUGAUUGAUGAAUGGUAUGCUCUAUCAGAUGAUGGAGAAAUAUUGAAUCUAGAGCAGAAAUUGUAUGAGCUCUCAAUUCUCUUCAUGGUAGCAGUAAUUGUUGGAUCAUCUUUUCCAAAACAUGUGCGUGAAGUGAGGCCCUGGACAGGCAUUCUUGCUAAAUCUGUUGGGGAUAUAUACAAGGAAUCUGUGGCUCUAUCACAAAUAUCAGUGGAAUUUGCCGCUAAAUGGAGGCUUCCAGCAUGGAGGCGUUUUUCAACUGUUGUAGGAACCUCAUUUGAAAUUUCAAAUGAAUUGAUAAAAACAAUGGAUAAAAUAGUGUCCUCUGAUGGCUUGCUGUAUCAGUUAAGGCAAUGUAAUAUACCUCAAGAGAAAAUUAACACUAUCAUCUUAGAUUUUAUUCUCGCCGCUGGAGAUACAACUGCAACAACAACGCAAUGGGCUAUGUAUUUACUUUCAACGCAUGAUGAUAUUCAAACAAAAGUUAAAGAAGAAUUUGAAAACUCUAACUUAAGAGAAACCUGUGAGUCUGAUCUGAUGAGAGGGAUCGUUAGAGAAACCAUGCGACUGUAUCCAGUUGCCCCAUUUAUCGCAAGAUUUCUACCGCAAGACCUGAAAGUAUUCGAUUCGUACAUUAUACCUGCUGGGGAAAUGAUCAUCCUGUCCGUUUAUUCCAGCGGUCGAAAUGGAUUAUAUUUUCCAGAUCCUGAUGAGUUCAUUCCCUCUCGAUGGGAACGGGAUGAACAAACUGGUUCUCUGAAAGGCGUGGUUGAUCCCUUCGCAACAUUACCGUAUGCAAUGGGAGCACGAUCUUGUAUCGGACGCAAAAUUGCCCAAACUCAAAUAUGUUUCUCACUAGCGACGAUUUUCAAGCAGUAUGAAGUGUUACCGAUGGCUCUCGUAGAUAUGAUCCUGCAUCUAAUUCCUGUACCUGACAAACCUAUUCAAUUGCACUUCGAACCCAGAAGUAAUCUAGGUUAGUCCAGGUGUGACCAAAGUAUUAGCUAUCAGCACUAUACAAAUACCAGCACUCACCGAUACCGACAAAAAUCUCAGUGUAAAAAAUCUUUGAGAUUCAAGUGAUUUUUCCUUCUCUUUUUUCUUUUUUAAAUGGAUUUUCUUCAUGCCGAUCAAAGAGUCUGAAAAAAACCCUAGCUUUUUAAGUAUUUAGUUAACUGUUAAAAGUUUAAUAAUUGUUUAUUAAAAAUGUGCCUAUUUUUCAAAAA